AUGUCCUCAAACGUCGGCCUAUCCACACCCCGCGGAAGCGGCACAUCUGGCUACGUCCAACGUAACAACGCCUUCAUCAAGCCCCGCAGCACCGGCGCCCCUUACCCACCUCUCUCAGGCGCAAAUGGCAGCGGCCCAGACCACGGCUUCAAGCAACGUCUACCAGACAAGCAGAUCCUCGAACAUGACCGACGCCGCGCAAUCGAGGUGAAGGUGAUGGAAGAGCGUGAGCGACUUGAAGAGGAAAACGAACGUAUCGAGGAGGAAGAGGCUAGCAAUAAGAAGAAGGGAACAGCCAAGAAGAAGGUUGCUGAUGAGGAUAAGGAGGAGGGUGAAGAGGAUGCUGAAAAUGAUGAUGCUCCGCGCGUGCUUUCGGAGGAGGAGAUUGACGAGCGCUGUGAGGUUUUACGGCAGAAGCUUCUCAAGGAAAUGGAGGAGGAUGCUGCUGGGAGGGAUCGACCGGGUCCUGUAAGGACUGGCAGAAAAUGGGAUUCUGCUGUCGCGAAGGAUCGUCGGAUUAAGUCUUAUCAGGUUCAUGAGCUUGCCGAGGCUAAGAUUGAGGAGAGUGAGAGGUUGCGGAGGGCAUUGGGAAUUCGGGAAGAUAGAGAGACGGGUGCUAUUAGUAGUACGAGGGGGGAGAGGAGACCGAGGGAUUCGCGGAAUUGA